AUGUGGUGCGAUCCUUCUGUGAACAGCAAUGAAGAAAAUAUACAGGCACAAAAAACUUUUGCUAAAAUCUACGAUCGGUUUUAUACAUUUCCAACAAUUGAUGAAUGUGAAAAUGCUAUCAAAGAACUUUCUACAACUGACCGAGUUAGUCUUAUUAUCAGUGGAGGAUUUGGUACAGAUCUAUUGCCUCGUAUUCAUGAAUUAACCCAAGUCUCUAUAAUUUAUAUUUUCUGUAUAAGCGAAGAGAAAUAUACCGAAUGGGCAAAAUCAUUUAAUAAAAUUAAAGCGAUCAUUGCCGACAUCAAUAAACUCAUCUCAACAGUUCAGUAUGAUUAUGAGCAUCGAUUUAAUGUUCUCGCUAAAAAUGCGAAAUCAGAAAGUCAAACAACACAUACAAAGAAUAAUGGCACUACAUUUCAAUAUACUUCUGAAUAUUUUUUUGGUGUGGGUGAACUUCAGUAUGCUGAUAAAACAAUCAAAGAUAUUGCAAAUGAAAUUGUUAGUCGAUUUAAAAAUUCUUCAAAUCGUGAUUUUAAUGCUCUUAUUUCGGAGACUGCGCAACCACUUAUGUAUUUAUUAAAACGUGAACAAAAGUUGGCAGAUUUUUCUGAUACACUGAAAGUUUUACUUGUAAUAGAAAAGAAUAUUCCACGUGUUAACCUACGUCGACUAAUCGACAAUAUCAUGAUUAACUCCGAUCAAUUUUUAUGUCGACGUCUAACAUCUCUUCUUAGCAAACGUAAUCCUGUUCCAUUGAUUCAGCCUUGUCACGAUUCUACGAACAAUGAAUAUCGUUCAAUAUCUAGUAUUAUUCAUGUAUGGGAUUAUCAUCGACCUGUGCUUCUCUCUUUCGGCAUCGGUAAAUGUACAGGAAAAACAUCAUUAAUUAAUACUAUUUUUCAUAGUAACUUUGAACUGUCAGUGAAAGAUGGAUAUUUUGCUAACACCAUCGAUGUUGAUUUCGGCUAUCAAUUUUCAGAACGACGUCCCAUUAAUAUAGCAGAUAGUCAUGGAGUAAUUUCCGAUGAAAUACUUCCUCGAAUAUCGAUGUUAUUCAAUGGUUUUCUCAUUCAUAUUGACUCAAAAUAUUUAUGUACAAAUGCAUCAGAUGUAAUCAAAUAUAUUAAAUUACUCUCUCCUCAAAGCUACAUUGUAUUACUCAUUCGUGAUGUUGAUGAUGAUGAUGAUGAUAAAGAAAUACAAACUGUUGCUGAAAAUGUAACUUCGUUUUGUUCGAAUUAUCGAAUUCAUUAUUUACCAAAUGUUACCGACAAAAGUAAUAUCGUAAAUGAAGCAAAAAUAAAUGAAGUACGUGAAAAUAUUUUCCGUGAUGUAGGUCAACAUCAGUGUUGUAGCGAAGCAUUACUUCGAAAACACCUUAUGAAUUUGCUGAAUAAUACACAGAUAGAAGAUAUUCAACAAGAAAUGACUUUUAUCAAUUCUAUUCGAUCAAUUCUGAUUGAUGGUAAAGAAGAGAAUUAUCCUGUUUACUCUUCGUUCACAAAUCUUUGUAAGAAGAGAUUGGAAGUAUUUAAAAUAGAUCCGUAUGGAAGAAAUUUUCAAGAUGAAAACUUGCAUCGACUUAAUCUUGACUUAUUUUGUGCUGAUUCUGAUUUUAAGGAAAAACUACGAAAAGGUUCUCACACAUACGGUGCUGGUUUCGACAUAUUUCUUAAUCUACUUCAAAAUGAAGAAUCACGAUUAAUCAAAUUGAAUCUAUUGUCAAUAGAAUUAAAAAAAGAACGAGCUAAAAAGGAUAUAGAUCAAGAACAAUUACCAUUUUAUGAUCAACUCUCACUUGAAAUUCACUGGCGUAAUGCAAUGAUCUGUUCAGCUGGCUUAUCUGAUGAUAAUCAGAAAAGACUGGUUCAAGCUUAUCGAGAUUAUCUUGUAGAAGGAAAUCCAUUCGAAAUAGUCGAUGGUGAUAAUUUUGAAAUGCAAAAUGAUUUCCUUGCAAAAGUAAUGGAAUUAUUUCCGAACAAAAAAUUUUUUGUCAUUAGUAUAGUUGGACAACAAAAUAGUGGUAAGAGUACAUUGUUGAAUUUUUUGUUUGGUACUUUAUUCGAAACACGCUCUGGUAGAUGUACAAAAGGUGUCUAUGGAACAUUAAUCAAUGUUCAAAAUAUACCUAGCAAGAAUAACCUCAUUCCACUUGAUUAUGAUUAUAUUCUUCUUAUUGAUACGGAAGGUAUACUGUCUAUUCAGAAAAAUGACAAACAAUAUGACAGAAAGCUUAUUCUUUUCUGCUUGGCUAUAUCUCAUUUAAUGAUUGUUAAUGUUGACGGAGAAAUCAAUGAAAUAGUGAAAGAUUUUUUUAUCAGUUGUACACAAGCUCUGAAAUAUCUCGGUGAAACACGAGUUAUACAACCAACGGUGCAUUUUAUUCUUAAUAAACGGCCAAUCAGAGAUGAAAAUUAUUGCGUAACUCUUUUUGAAUAUGUUCGUAAAACAUUAAACGAAAAUAAGUUGGACGAUGUCAUCAAUCUUCAACCAGAAAAUUGUUAUGUUUUAUCGACAGCAUUUAAUCGACAUCAAACUAAAAUUUUAAAUGGCAAAUGCAAUAUAUUAUCGACAGAUAUUAACUUUGUCACAGAUGUUCAAAAGCUUGGUAAAAUUAUCAUCGAUAGUUCAUCUAAUAUUAUUCGACAAACUGGUGAUCGCUUCUGUAAACCAACAAGUUGGAUUGAAUUUGCAAAUAGAGUACUACAAACAAUUAAAAAACAUCCUGAUUUAACUCGUUUUCAGGAUGCUUUUGAGCGUAAUCAAUACAAUAAAAUUCGCGAUAGUAUUCGAAAGGAUUUUGAUCAACAUUUAACUGCAGUAUUCAUUCGUUUUCUAAUGGAGAAAAAUAAAAACAACAGUCCUAAUCAGAUCAAAGAUUAUUUCAAAAAUACAUAUGAUCAAAUGUUUCAAAAACUCAAAAUUAAACUUGAAAAACACUGUGAUGAUUGUCAAGCAAGUGAAACUGUGUCUAAGUGUUCAUUGGAUUUCAUGCGUGCACAACUAAGCAAUAUUUUUUGCUCGUGGGAAAUUUCGACUCAAAUAGCAUCUAAACGACACAAAAUCGAUCAAAUAGUUAAUAAUAUUGAUAACACACUUAAUGUGAAAGCCAUCAGUGUCACUCACAAAAAUUGCCUCAUGGAUGAAGAAUCUGCAAAAAAGAUGUUUGACGAAGAGUUACAAGAUAUAUUUAAUGAAAUAGAAAAUCAAUUUGACUCCAAAAAUGUAUGGGAACAAUGGAUUGACAUAGUCUUUCAUCUAUUAAAUACAUUUGGCGAAGAUGUUUUACCAUCGGAAAAUAAUGUGCUUAUCUAUUUAGAGUUUCUCAAAACGUUAGAUGACUCACCUGAUAAACGCAUCUCAAUGGACAAUUGUUUAGCAAAAAUUAACGAAAAAUUCAUAUCUGAUACUUCCAAUAUAAAUCCAUUAGCUGCACAUCUGAUUCAUAAGUCCUCCACAAUCCUACGCCAUGAAAUACAACAAAUUUACAAGUACCUGAACAAUGAUGAAUUAUCAAGAAUAUUUAUAAGUCCUAGUUCAGAUGGUAAAGUGACAAGAGAAGCAGUAAGAAAAGGAACACGUCAAUUAUACUCUCAACUUUUUAAUGAGAAUUGGAAAAAGAUUGUUCAAAUACCGAAUAUUUUUAAUAUUUUACUCGCCGAUCUGAAACAAAUUUUCUCGUCGACAAGAAGUAAUGAAUCUUCGACUGAAAUACAUCUUGCAAAAAAAGUUUUAGAGAAAGUUAACAAUAUUAUACAAGAUUGUAACAAAGAAUUAAAUAUAUUCAAUUUUUGUUUAUCGAAAGAAUUUUGUAGUACUUUGUAUACUUAUGCUGUUGUAGGAACAACUUUAUACUAUUAUAAUGAACAAAAGACCCAUAUUAUUCAUAUUCUCGAACGUUUACAAGAAAAUAAAUCGAAAUCAAUCGAGCGAUUUCUUCCUUGGGUUGUUCUUAUGGGAAACGAUGAUCAAAAUGUAGCAAUUGAUUGUGUUAAUAAACUUUUACAAACAUUAUGUCGAUCAGUGGAACCACAACUAAAAGAAACGAUUGAAAAGCAUAUUCAUGACAAAAUGUCAAUAUUGAAUCGAUUUUCAAUUAUCAAAGAACUCGAUCAUGAUGUAUAUAAUGCUCGAGAUGAUUGGCUUAAACGUUAUGUUCUUCAUUUUCCUGAGCUAAUCCUUGAACGAUUAAAUGAAAAAUGGAUAACAGUUAAAGAAGCUAUAGAUGCAAUGCUUAAUACAAUCGUGAAUUCAAUUUCAACGACGUUAGAUGAUAUUUUUCGCUUGAUUGAAGCUGUCAAUAGGAAUUUGCAAGAACAAAGAGCUCAUUCUCUUAUUUUCGUUGACAGUUUAUUUAAACUAAAAGAUGAACAAAUGAUUACAUAUGCCAAUGAUAAGCAAUUUUGUAUGGCUAAAUUGCUCUAUUGCUAUCUUGUAGAUGAAGACAUUCCAGCAGAAAUCUAUACUAGAAAUAAUUCAAUCUACAUUGUAGAUUCCACAUGGCGUACAAUUAGUGGUACUUUUUCAAAACCAAGUGCAGAAAUAAAACAAAUUUUUUCUUUGCUUCGAAAUGAAUUUGAAAUGUUUAGGAUUCGUUAUCUGGGAAAAUUUCUCGAAACUAUUCUCAAUCAACAAAAUGAAACUAAAGAUACAAUCCAGCAUCAAAUAAAAUGUUUUAUUGAAGCGCAAUAUUUACUUAUUAAAGAACAAUUAGACGAACGAGCUCGAGGUUGUCAAGAGCGAUGUCCUUGUUGCAAACGUAUUUGUGAUGUUGAUCAUUAUUCAAACAGCACUUCACCAGUCGGACAAGGAGAAAACAAACACCGCUGUCAGUCCGGUCAUCAAAUUCGAGCGAUGGGUGGUAUUUACUAUGAAACUACGCACGAAGCUUCAUUAUCACGAUGUGAAUUCAUCAAAGAUGAUGACCUAGUAACUACUACUAAUAAUAACCUUCGGCAAACAUGGAGAAAUUUUAAGAAUGCUAAUGCUAAUUGGAAUUUUGAUGAAGAUCUCGAAGUUUGUAAAGCGCUGGAAACACCUUACGGAUAUAUUUGGGAAAGAAUCGGUGAACAAUUAUGUCAUCACUUCGCUAAUGGAAUGAAAUUUGUCAAACGAAACAGUUUGCAACCAGUAAAUCAUUACAUCUUUAUACUUGACCAUUCAGGUUCAAUGAAUCAUAAAAACAGUAGCAAUAACUCGAGUUUCUGGCGUAUUCUGACUGGUACUGUUAACAAUACGAACGAAAUAAAUAUCAGUCCAUGGGAACAUUUGCGUCGAGCUGUUCAAGGAUUUAUUGAUAUUCGUAUUCGGCAAGUAUCUUUAAAUGAUCAAAUUACGAUAAUUCUUUUCGCUAGCCGAGCAGAAAAAAUUUACGAUCGAGAAAAACUUAUCGACAUUGAUCUUGAUAGAAUCAAUACACCAAUGAACAUUUACGGGCAUGGAACAAAUUUUUCUGCUGCAUUUAAAGUACUCAUUGAAACACUUGAAGAAAUCAAUAAUCAUGACGACCGAGACACUUUACGACAAACAAUCGUUUUCAUGACUGAUGGAGAACCUCAAGGAGAUCCAACUACAGAGUUACAACAAUUAUGUAAUUACAAAACUGAUAAUGCUAGAGGCCCAAAUACCAAAGCUUUGAUACAUAGUUUUUGGACAAUGGCUCUUGGAAACUUUAACAAAAAAGUUAUCAAAACAAUUAAUGAAACAAUGCAAGGACAAAUUGUUGAUAUUGAGCAUGCAGAGGACUUAGAGGAAGCAUAUGCAACAAUUGCCGAAAUCUUGUGA